GAAACAUCAUCUAAUCGCGUCGUGAACAGUUGACAGUCGUGCGCAUGUUUUGUCGUGUAGUUAAGUCGAAAUUACUACUAAACUAUUCGUAAAAAUUUUAUCCGUAUCGCACUAAUAUCACCAAGAAAAAAAAAAAAAAUCUCAAUCAAACGAGUAAUUAAAACGAAAAAAGAAUCGAAAAUGUGUUCGAAUUCGACGACCGUGUUACUGAAAAAACGCGAAAGGACACAAAACUGGAUCCCUGAGGAGAAAAACGUCUUAUUCUCGUUAAUCAAGGGACACGUGAAUGCAAUCGAAAACAAAAAAAUCGACGCGGCCGCGUCCGCGAUGAAAAUGUUAGCCUGGCAACAGAUUCACCGUACCUUUCGUGGAAUGUUCUCCACAGACAGGGAUAUCACCAGAAUGAGAGAACAAUGGAGAAGAAUGAAGUCGCAGGCGAGGAUGGAGAUGUAUACUUUUGCGGAAAAGAUGAAAACCUUGGGGCCGGAAGAGGCAGCCAAAUGUCGCCCAUCAGAUCUUUCCAUCGAGGUAUGGAAAUUGAUGGAAAAAACGAGAAAAAACGACGGAGACAAGGAUCGGUCGGACGAAAACGGUCGGAGAAGUCCAGAAAAUUUGACGAGUUUGCAGGCAAUUCUGAACAAGCUGACGGCCACCACGCCGGAAGUGACUACGGUGAACGAAAUUAAAGUUGACGCGGAUAGCGACGAGUACAAUACAGAGGAGGACAGUAGUCAGAGUGAAAUUCUUAAGGAAAAACCAGGUGUCUCGCAAAAAAAACGAUUACGGAUUUCUGAGGAGGAGCCGAUAGAUUUGCCUGAACAAGGAUUCAAUUCUAUGGAUACUAUGAUUUGCGAUGUAGAAGAUGGUGUAUCUACCUCUUACAUGAAGGAAAGGAACAGUAGGUUUAAUAAUGAACAAGAUGAAUCUAUUCAAGGAAGAAUGUGGAUGUUCGAAAUGGCUCAGAGAGAACAUGAGUUGAAGCUAAGAAUGUUAAAUAUUGCUUUAGAAAAGGUAGAAUUGCAGAAACAGACUGCGAUCAACGAGUUGAAAACUUCGGAGAUCAAGAGACAGCUUGUGGAGAAUCAAGCUGCUGAAUAUUAUAGCCAAGUAAGAAUGGUUGGAGAACGUGGAUCAGGAGCAGGUAAAGGAGGUGGUGGUGGUGGCUCUAUUCGUGAAGCUGGAGGAUCUUUUGGAAAAAUGGAAGCCGCUCAUGAAGAUCAGUAUUUCUAUAAUCUGCAAAAACAACAGCUACAAAAACUUAAAGAAGAUCUUCACGAUGAAAUCUCUUUCCAUGAAGAACAAAUUAAACGUCAUCAAGAAGCUAUAAACCGCCAUAAAAAAAGAAUCACAGAAAUGGAUAAGAAAUAAAAUUAUCCAUGUAUUUACUCUUUAAGCGUUUGUUAUUCUUUAUAAUGUAAUGCUCUUGUAAUUAUUAUAUUACUAUUAAUAAUAAUUAGUAAAUGUUUA